AUGGAGGAGGGUGUGGUAUGCGGAUUUCUCGAUGAACUUCAUGAAGACGAUAGGGUUAAUCCUUUGAUGAAUCGGUGCGGAGGAGUGGCGUGUUGGUUAAGCGACAAAGUGGGGAACAAAAACAAGUGCCCGUAUUGUAACAAAGAAAUGUUAUUUAUGGUGCAGGUCUACGCUCCACUCGAAUUUGAAUAUGCAUACCACCGCGUGGUAUAUCUCUUUCACUGCCCUUUUUGCCUCAAAUUUGUGGUUCUACGAAACCAAAUUGGGAUGGGGACACUCUAUGAUGAUGAGGAUUAUUGUGAGAGCAUUGUGAAAGGAAAUAUGUGUGAAAUAUGUGGGUUUCCUUCGACUACAAAAUGUGAUAAAUGUGACACUUAUUACUGUGGAGUUGUUCACAAAUUGUAUGACUUCGAUACUCACAAAUUGCUGUGUGGAAGACCCCACCACCACGUUCGAGGGAAGUUGAACGGCCGCGGAGGAGCUAUUAAACGGCAAAAAGCGUCUGAAUAUUUAAUAGAAACGGAAGAGGAAAGCGAGUUAAAAGAACCAGAGGACAAGGAAGUUCAAAGGAUGAUCAACACUUCGAAAGAGAUGGAAAAGGAAAGUGGAACAAAGGAGAGUGACAUUCCACAAGAAGCCACCGAUCCUGUGCUUCUGAAGUUUUAUGAAAAAAUUGGGAAAGCCCCAUCACAAGUUCUCCGAUAUAAAUUUGGAGGGAAACCGGUAUGGAUUAAGACGGACACGCAACUCACGAUACCGAAAUGUAAGAGGUGCGGCAAAGAAUGCGUUUUUGAAUGGCAAUUGCUUCCUCAAUUUAUUUAUGCGACUAAUUUGGACAUCGAACUUAAUAUCGAAUUUGGUACUAUUGCAAUUUAUGUCUGCCCAGACUCUUGUGGAGGGGAUGACUACGUUUAUGAGAAUGUGAUAGUACAAUAUUUCAUCUGA